AUGGAAGUCGAACCUAAAUAUACAUUUGUACCUUUGCCACAAAAGAAUUACGUUAGAAUUUAUAACAAAACGGCACAAGAAUUACUUUCUAAAUGGGGACUAAAUGGAAAUUUUGUUAUUCAACAUUUUUCAUUCAAUGAACCUUUUCAGCAGUAUCACAAAUAUCAUUUAGCAGAAGCAUUCUUUAAAAAUGACACUGUUGCAAAAGAACUGUUAACAAAACAAGGAAAUUGUUGGGCAAAACAAGGUAUAAUUGCAUCACAUGUGGAGAUAAAAACUGUACCUUGUUCCAUUUUAAACAUGUCAUUUUUUGAUAAAAUGAAAGAUCCAAAAAAUGGAAUUGUACAGAAGACUGGAACUAUUUGUAAAAGAUAUGAUAUGGAAGUUGAAAGUCUUUUAGUUUCUGAUAAUCUUAGAGGAAUGUUACUAGACAAUGAAUGCCCAGAGUAUAAUUUAUAUCCAAAAGAUGAACGGGAGGAAUUUAUAUUUCGUAUUUUUCAAAUGCUUGUUCUUGGAGGAGUAAUUUGUCAAUAUGAAGAUGUUUUAGAUCCAUAUUUAAAUACUACCAAAGUUAUUUAUAAAGAUUUAAUAAGAGUACAUAAGAAGGAAGAUUCGCAUUUGUCAGUUAGUACAUUAGUUCUGCAAGUAACAGCCAAAGACUGUAGAGGCCAAGAAUACUUUCCAUAUGAUCCAUCGCAUGUACAAAACGUUGGGUUUUUAUUGAUAGAUGCCACUGCUCGUGAAAUUACAACAUUUGUUCAUCAAUUUGGAGAAUACUCUCUUUCACAGCAAGCAUAAGGAUACAAAAAUUUACAUGUAAG